AUGGGGAACACACUGAACUGUUGUGUGUGCACCAAGUGGGGCUGGCACCGGGGGCGUGUGUGUCCCUGUGAGCCUGAGAUCUGUGAGGCAGCAACUGGGAACACAACGCCAGUAGCACCAGUGCCUGCUGCUGUAGAGCCUACUGAAUUUGCUUUUGAAGCUGUUGAGAGCCUCCAUGUACACCACAUCCAAGACCGAGAGAUGACAGAAGAUAGCGCUUUGGAGCCAAACCCUUCUGAUGAUCCAAGGGCAGGCACAAUCUUCUUGCAAAAAGCUCAAACAGAUGUUCAAGAAAAGAGAAAGAGCAACCACAUGAACCAUGUAUCUACUAAGCAUUUUAUUAAAAAGUGCAGCUCGUGUUCAACCAUAUACCUAGAUGACAGCACAGCCAGCCAGCCUCAUCUUACAACCGUAGUAAAAUCUGUGGCCUUAGCAAUAUAUUAUCACAUGAAGAAAAGAGAUGCAGAUAAAUCCCUUGAUAUAUUUGAUGAGCAAUUACAUCCACUCACUCAAGAAAAGAUGCCAAAGGAAUACUUUGAGUAUGUUCCUGAACACAAGUUUAUUUACAGAUUUGUCCGUGUUCUUUUUAAAGCCACAAACCUAACAGCUGAAUUUGCAAUAGUAACUUUGAUUUACAUAGAAAGACUCUUAAGUUAUGCGGAGAUAGACCUUUGCCCAACCAACUGGAAGAGGAUUGUCAUGGGAGCCAUUCUUCUCGCCUCCAAAGUUUGGGAAGAUGUGACUAUAUGGAAUGGGGAAUACUGCAGGCUCUUUGGGAACACUAGCAUUGAAGACAUGAAUGAGCUUGAAAGACAGUUUUUGCAGCUAAUUGACUAUAACGUCAAAGUUUCUGGAAGUGUUUAUGCCAAGUACUAUUUUGAUCUUCGAUCCUUGGCAAAGGACAAUAGCUUGCAUUUGCCAGUUUAUCUUCUCAACAAAGAAAGGGCACAGAACCUGGAAGCUAUUUCAAGGAUGGAAGACGCCAAAAUCUUUUAUAGUGCUACCAUGAGAAGGUCCUUCAGGGCUGAUAAUUUCAUUAAUUUUCAGCGCUCUAAAGCCAUUAUCUCUUGA